AUGCAGAUGCUGUGCAAGAUUGGUGAAGGUGCGGAGGCCUUUGGCGAGUACAGUGAUGAGGUCAACGGCGCUGUUUUGAACUUGACACCGGGAAGGGGGCUGCUGCUGAUGGCCGUGAUCGGGACGCAUUCUUACGUCUCGGACGAGGACAAUCUGACCAUCAAGAGACUUCACAACCUGGCGAGGAAGAAUACCGACCCCGAGGCGGCCAACAUGCAAUACAUGUAUUACCAUGAAGGAGCAGCGGCCGUGGCCCAAAAUUGGGCAAACGCGUGCAAACGCCUGGUGCACAACAAACCGCAAGUCAAGGGAUUCAAAAGCUGCGGCCAAAAUCUCUACGUGUCCAGCGCGAAGGUUCCUUGGGAGAAGGCCGUGAAGCGUUGGUGGGAAGAGGUACAGGACUUCACUUUUGGCGGGAGUAACAACUUUGCUGCCACCGGCCACUACUCGCAAAUGGUUUGGGCGAAAAGCAACCAGGUUGGCUGCGGGUACGCCAAGUGCUCGGACAGGAAGGGCGUCUUCCACAACUACGUCUGCAACUACUGUCCGGCCGGCAACCUGAGAGGCUUCCAGAACCGCCCAUACGAGGUUGGGACACUUUGUGACCGCUGCCCUGACAGGUGCCACAACGGCCUCUGCUACUAG